AUGAAUAAAAUGGUUUCUAGCUUGAUUUUGAUAUUUCUAUCAAUAUCUUCAAUGGCUUCAGCAUCUCUCCAGGUUGGAUUCUAUGGCUACACAUGUCCAUCUGCUGAGACAAUCGUGAGAAAUUCGGUUAACAAAGCUGUUUCACAAAACCCUGGCUUAGGUGCUGGAUUGAUCAGAAUGCAUUUUCAUGAUUGCUUUGUGAGGGGUUGUGAUGCUUCUGUGUUACUAGCAUCAACUCCAGGAAAUAUAGCUGAGAGAGACAACUUUAUCAACAAUCCAAGCCUACGUGGCUUCGAGUUUAUCAACGAGAUCAAGGCCCAACUAGAAUCUGAAUGUCCGCAGACAGUAUCGUGUGCGGACAUUCUUACCUUGGCAACACGAGACAGUGUUGUCAAGCUCAGUGGUGGUACUAUAAACUACGACGUACCAUCAGGGCGAAGAGACGGCCGUGUCUCUAUCGGAGACGAAGUGCCAAAAAAUCUACCCGCACCUUUCUUCAACGCCGAUCAACUCAUCGCAAACUUUGCACAGAAAGGGUUAUCAGCUGAUGAAAUGGUUACACUCUCGGGAGCACAUUCAAUCGGUGUGUCACAUUGUUCUUCAUUCUCUAACCGUUUGUAUUCAUUUAGUAACACAAAUGCUGUAGAUCCUUCCAUGGAUCCAUCAUUUAUUGAAUCAUUGAAAACAAAGUGUCCAGUACCUCCAAGUAGCAACGAUCCAUUAGUGGUGCUUGAUGUUGGUACUCCUAAUCGUUUGGAUAGUGUGUACUAUGAGGGAUUGGUUAACCAUCGUGGUUUGUUGACUUCAGAUCAAACGUUGUUGAGUGGUCAAUCGACACAAGGAAUUGUGGUAAAUAAUGCUAAUUAUGGUGCAAGUUGGGCUAAGAAGUUUGCAGAUGCUAUGGUUCAUAUGGGUUCUAUUGAUGUGUUAAGUGGCUAUGAUGGUGAGAUUAGGAAACAUUGCAACUUUGUCAAUUAA